AUGGCCAUUGUGGACACUCCUUUGGCACUGAGAUGUGCUGCUGAAUUCAUUGGGGCAUUUUUGCCCUUCUUUUCGGUUGGUUUCAAUGUACUGUCUGGAGCUGCAGUAUUUGGCGGGCUGUCCCUGGCAACCUCUUUGACCGUCUUGACCUACGCACUUGCAGGACUCUCUGGCGCCAAUUUCUCACCAGCAGUGACGCUGGCGCUCUGCACCAGCAAGAAACUUGGAGGGCCUGGACUGGACUUUGGAACCUCCGGCACGUACAUUGCAGUACAAUUGCUUGGUGGACUGUGUAGUGGUCUUUGCUUUGUGAAUGUUUUUGCUGAUUCGUUCAGGCUAGGACCCGGAGCUGGCUUCAGCUGGGUGGGAGCUUGCCUUUGCGAGUUCCUUUAUUCUAUGUUCUUUUGCUUUGUGGUGCUUAAUACCACAGCUGCAAGGGCAUACAGCUCCGAGGGGAACCAAUUCUAUGGCCUCGCGAUUGGUGCCAUGGCUUUGGCUGCCUCAUAUGCAGCAGGGCCAGUUUCUGGUGGCCUCAUCAACCCAGCCAUCACCAUUGGUGCUGACCUUGCAGGCGCUGGUGCGGGCUUUGGGAAGUCCUUGAUUUACGCAGUCUUUCAGCUGCUCGGCGCUGCAUUUUCGGCAUUGCUUUUCAAAAUGGUGAGACCAUUGGACUUUGAUGAAAACGAGACUCCCCGAAGUAGGCUUAUCAGCGAGAUGAUUGGCACCUUCGCCCUGGUCUUGACCGUCGGACUCGCGGUCCUGGCGAAGACUCCCAUGGCUGUUGUUGCAAUCGCUGGGUGUCUUGUUGCCAUGGUCUAUGCUCUUGGAGAUGUGUCAGGAGCACAUUUCAACCCGGCAGUAACUGUUGCAGUCUUGGUGUCCGGGCAUGAUCCGGACAUGAUUCCAAAGCGUGCUGGGUACUAUAUUGGAUCACAGCUGCUCAGUGCCAUCAUCGCUGGUUGGUGUUUUUGUUUGCUCCACAACGGCAACUCCUUCGUUGUGGCACCGGGAGAAGGAUUCAGCCUGGCUGCAGCUGCAGUGGCCGAGAUGUUCUUCACCGGGCUUCUGGCCUUCGUCGUCUUGGGUGUCGCCGUGGCGCCGAAGACCAAGAGCUUUCAGAUCUUCGGCCUGGCCAUAGGCUUCUGUGUCGUGGUGGCUGGCUUCUCUGUGGGCAAUGUCUCCGGCGCCUUCCUAAAUCCUGCCGUCUCGGUCGGAGUGGCCGCCAGUGGAGCUGGCUGGAGCAGCGUGAAGACUGCUGUCCGCUACACUACCUUCCAGCUUUUGGGUGGAAGUGUUGCCGGUGGUUUGAACUAUCUCCUUCACAGCGAGGUGUCUGCUGCGGGAGAAACUACGAAGUUACUGGGCGCAGCCUGA